ACACAUUCCACCUAGCAUAAGCUGACAGUCGUCACACAAACUCAAGACGAAUCCAAAACUUGAUCUGUACCACCGUAUCAGAAGCGGUGUUACGGUGAGGAGUGCCACCCCUUAUUGAUGAUCAGGUUUAACUGAGUACUUAUAGACCGCCUCACUGACCUCACCACCGGGACGAUAUCGGGAUGCGAAUUGACCGCGUCAGGCGCGCUGCCAUCCGGCGAAUGCGCAACGAGCAACAAGCUCCAGUCAAAAAAUUGCUAGAUUUUUUAACUGCUCUAUCCGGUCUGUGCGGCGCAUCUGUGCAAACGAACGUGGCCUCGACGAUCUCGGUGAAGAUCCCAACUUUCUGGAGAAAUGGGACGCAACUGUCACCAACGUCGAUUCAUCCGAUGCAGUCGGAUCUCCGCCGUGGGCAGGUCUGGCGACAAUGGAUGCGCGUAUUUGGGAUGACACGCUCAAAGAAGAGGACAGCGAUGAUGUUGAUCUUGGAGCUUCCAGCGAGGAAGCCGAGUCUCAGGCUGAUGAAGAUCCGGAUUACAGGGAAUCUGGAUUCGACCGCAACGGUGACUUGGUUAGCAGGAGGGUAUCUGCAAGGCUUCGCGCUGAGGCAGCACCGUGUACAGUCAACCUCCUUACUGUAUGCUUCCCAACGUGCACUGACAUUGAUUGCAAACGCAGAUGUGCGAACCUCGCUAUCACCGGACAUUGUCCUUCGAGCUCGUCAUCGCACAAUGAAAGCGACGACUACAGGAGGAUGUGAGCCUGAGGACCGUCGAGGUAAACCAACCUCACGGCCCGCACCUGAUCCUGUCAGUGGCUCAAGUAUGGGAACGACGAUGGUUUCCAUUGCCACUGACAUCGCCACAAACGAACCCGGCGACACACGCAGCGAACUCGCUCCAGCUGACGCCCAGAGUCCGAGUCACCAGUCAGCUCCUGCACCUGGCACUGUCGCGCAAUCGCUGAAAGUGGUUACGGACGAGAUCGGGGCCACACCAGCAAGCCAAGCGAACAGCAUUGAUGCUGGGCCCGAACUUACGGAAGCACGACCUCUGCCAUUGCCGCUACCACGGAGGCGUUUUUCGCUCACUCGACCGUCGUUGACACAGCCGCAUCCCCCACCGAGCACGUCAAAAGACGCAGUGACCCAGCACUCGCCCGAGCUACCCCGGCUUAUAUGCAAACCCCUCUCUUCGCCUGUGUUGCCCCGUCCCUCGACCACGUUGCUCGAUAACGAGCCGUUACCACAGAUUUCCCUCGCACAACCUGGAUCACAGAAACAGGAAGUAGAGUCCACUCUUGCUUUCAAGCACAGCCCACUCGUAGACAGGGCAACCAGUACAGUCUUGUCUGUCAAGACGAAGUCGCCUCUGCCUCGUUCUUUGCCCAGCCUGGCACCCCAAGGCCCACCAGUAGUACCGCAGCCUCGAGUGUCCAAUAAUGGACAAGCGUCCCCGACAAAGAGGAAGCUUGUGCGUAGCGAAGGCAGUGAAUGCGCAGAUGAGCAGCACUCAAGGGAGCAGGAGCCAAAGCGCGCGAAACUCGCGCCAGAUGGCAUGAAGAUGUCGAUACAAGCUUCUAAUAUUGCUGUAGACCCUCCCCAUUAUAAGGCUGAUGCGCAAAUAGUUCAGGUGCGCGUUCCGGACUAUCAGGUUGGUGGCUCGACACACAGUCGCAAACCGGAAGUUGUACCACCCGCGCCUUCGACCGACCACAGCAGCCACCGCAUCGCACCGCUUAAGGACAAUCUUCCCCCGAAGAAUUCCCAAAUCUACAGCGACGUUGGAAUGGCCACAUCCCCAUCCGGUACACGGAGCAUGAGUCUUGUUCAGCAAAGUGUAGGCGUGCCAGAGCGGCAGGCUUCUUGCGAUGUCGCCUCCAAGACGGCCCGCACUGGGGUGCCGGUCCCAUCGCCGUCACCUCUUCCAAAGAAGCCGAAUUCCAGUGAAGGUGAAUCCGAUGGCCUGACACCAUCGGGUUUAGUGAGAGCGACGGCCGCGAUGUCUCUCGUCGUAAAAGGAGACGGAGUUAAUGGCCUCGCAGACCCGCAUCAAGCAAGUGCUGGCGAUAGCCAUCUCGCUCAAACCACUCCUUCGAGCCAAUUUCCUACUGCCAUCGCAGGAGUAGAUCCUGACGUCGCACGGUAUAUCCAAUCGUUGGGCUGGGAUCCCGAGGUUUAUGCCAGCAAGCUGGAGUGCAUCGGAUUGAAGAAUGGGGCCAUGAUCAAUGCUACGAGAAACCUCGUCUCGGAGAGCCGCAAAGACAAAUUAGAGGAGGAUCUGCAAAGGCUUGCAGGUCUGACUGUUGUGGAGUCUAUGAUACUGGUUUCAGGAUUGAGGCGACAAGGUGAUUCUUGAUGAGGUCAUUUCUUGAGGAUUCUGUGGCUGACGACUCGAUCGAGUGGGUAUGACUCUCCCCAAAAUAAGCGUGUACUAUGUAGUCUAGUACACUCACUUC